AUGGAGGCUUUUGAUGCGUGUGACAACCGUCCAGUUUGGCAGUUGCACAGCCAUACGUCGCAACUACCGGGCGACGAAAAGAACGCCCAGUUGUCGCGCCCCGAGCUCGGUCCAUUGAUGAAUUACGACGAGAUCAGCCUCGGUCUAUGGUUACAUCGCCGAGAGGCCAUCUUCCCGCUCCAUACCAUCCAGGAAGGUCGCAAGCCUUUCCAGGCGAUUAUCGUGAUACAGGUGCCACCGGGCGGCUGGAAUAUGAGGGGCUAUCGGAGGAGGUGUGCUAGAGCGAGGUCUGCAGCAAUGGGACAGCGAUAUGUUGUUCGCGAGGCGAAAACGAGGCAGGAGCUCGAUGAUAUCAUGACCGUUAUCUGGGCUGCCAAUUAUACACCCUACGAACCGUUUUUGCAGCUAUAUUUCCCGGUCCUAGGCUAUACGGCUGCUCACCGUGAGGCUGCCAUUGCCGAAUCACGAGAACGCUUCUGGAGACAACAUCAGGAAGAUACAUCGAGCCACUGGUUCUAUGCCUUCGAUACCGUCACAAAUCGGGCCGUGGGAUGCGCGCAAUGGGUCGUUUCGACGUCGAACCCUUUUGCAUCAGGUACACCAAAGCUCGCAGCACCAUGGUGGCCCGAAGGCGAGUGUCGGAGAUUCUGCGAGUCAAUCCUGAAUCAGGUAUACAGGCCGCGUGCGAGCUGGAUGACGCGUCCUCAUUGUGCACUCAAUUGGAUGGCAGUCGAUCCUGGUCAUCGGCUCCGUGGUAUUGGCUGUCUCCUCAUGGAUGUGGGUGUAGCACGUGCCGAUGAGCUUGAUCUUGAGUGCUGGCUGGAGGCGUCUGAGAUGGGCAAACCGCUAUAUGAGAAGUUCGGAUAUCAGUCCCUAUUGAAGGUCGCGUUUGAUAAUCAGAAGCCAAAUGCAAGCGAUGAGUGGAGGAGGUGCGCGCACGAGAUGACACCUCCGCCGAUUUUUACCAUGUGGAGGCCGAGAAAGUCGUUGCAUGCAGGUGGUCAGGGCGAGCUAAGAAUGCCGUGGGCGUUGGGUACGGAGCGAUGA